CCCGCUAAUAACCGCUCUCAGCCACGCCAGCUGCCAGCACCUGUCGCCGUUUCCGGAAACAAUCGUGCUUCCGGGCUUCGGUCAGCCGCGUUCUCGCGCGUGUUGGGCCGGAGACACUUCGGCUGUUUCCGGACGCCGAUGGUUGCCAUGGGAACGCCUUCGCCUUCCACCGGCCGCCUGACUCGUCCGAUUACCGGGCGACCUUCGGCAGUUUCCGGAAGCUGUCGGCGGCCUCCGCGUGCCAACUCCUAAGACCUGGAUGUGAGACCAUUCGGGUCUCCCAGACGCGCUCCGCGGUUUUACGAAGCUCGCAACUUCAUAAAAACCACCGCGGUGUAGCAGUUCGUCCCCUCCGAAUGGCUCCGGAGUCUCAGUCCGGCUGAGGCCGGCCCUCCAGCUUCGGAGCCAAUCGUUCCCGACCCUCGACCGCCCGCCUGCUAGCCCCGCAGCCCCUCUCCCUAGACUCGGCUGCUCUCGGCUAUUUCCGGCCACGCUCGGCUGUCUCGUCGCUAACGGCAGCCGUCCAUUCCCGCGGGAGUACGUUCGGCUGCCUCCGGAAGCACACCCGCGUCCCUCGGUCCUCGGGCUCCGCCUCGGUAUGGGGUGGGGGAAGGGCCGCCCUCCCGGCCCGAAUGCGCUCGGCUAUUUCCGCCCGGGGGCGGGCCCGGCGACUUGGAACCUCGGCAGCGACGGCGGCUGACGCAGGGAUCCCGCGGCUGCGGCGACGGCGGCGGUGGCGGUGGCGACGGCGGCCGCGACUGGGUGGUGUCCCUGGCUGAGCAUGGUAACGGCCUGUGGUCUGGGUUUCCUCAUCUGGUGUUGGGCACACGCUGAAGAGCCAGCAAGCUUGGGCACCCAUGCCCCGACUCGGGACAGAGUGAUCUACCUGCCCAGGCCUGGCCAUCUGAUGUGUGCACAAGCUGAGUGAUUUGAGACCAGGGACACCUCAAACAGGCGACUAAAUGGUGGACUCCGUGACAAGUGGCUUUUAAUGGCCGGUUAGGCAUGAGCGGCCCCUGAGGUCGCCUGUGACUUCUGGAAGUGAGGUCUCAAGCCUACCACCCCGACUGCUCCAGCCCAUGGGGCCUCAGGAGCCCCCGGGAGCCACGUGACUGUCCAGACCCCAUCAGGCCCCGCCAUGGCGGGCAGCGAGGGCUUCCAGUACAGGGCUGUGUACCCGUUCCGCCGGGAGCGGCCCGAGGACCUGGAGCUGCUGCCUGGAGACCUGCUGGUGGUGAGCCGGGUGGCCCUGCAGGCACUGGGCGUGGCAGACGGAGGGGAGCGCUGUCCACACAACGUCGGCUGGAUGCCCGGCUUCAAUGAGCGCACCCGGCAGCGAGGGGACUUCCCUGGGACAUAUGUGGAGUUCCUAGGGCCCGUGGCUCUGGCUCGCCCAGGACCUCGCCCACGAGGCCCCCGCCCAUUGCCCGCCAGGCCUUUGGAUGGGCCCUCCGACUCAGGCCCUAAAGAACCACCUGGAAGUGCUCAGCCAGCUCUCUCAGCCUGCCCUGCGUCUCUCAGAGGGGGCCUGGCGCUGGCUGACCUGGCGGAGCAGUUCUCCCCUCCUGACCCUGCCCCGCCCCUUCUGGUGAAGUUGGUAGCGGCCGUUGAGCAAGCAGGGCUGGACAGUGAUUGCUACAGUAGGCCGGAGCUGCCCGCACCCCGGACAGACUGGUCCCUAAGCGACCUGGAGCAGUGGGACCGCACCACCCUUUGCGAUGCUGUUAAGGGCUUCCUGCUGGCAUUGCCCACAGCCGUGGUGACCCCUGAGGCUGCGGCAGAGGCGCACCGGGCACUGCGGGAGGCUGCAGGGCCCGUGGGGCCAGCGCUGGAGCCCCCGAUGCUGCCGCUGCACCAGGCACUCACGCUUCGGUUCCUGCUGCAGCACCUGGGCCGUGUGGCCCGCAGAGCACCCGUGCAGGCCACCGCUGUCCACUCGCUGGCCAGCGCCUUCGGGCCGCUCCUCCUGCGCACUGCACCUCCGCCGGGGGGUGACCCUGAUGGGAGCGAGCCUGGGCCGGACUUCCCAGUGCUGCUGUUGGAGCGGCUGCUGCAGGAACACGUGGAUGAGCAGGACGCCGCCCCCCCAGCACUGCCACCCAAGCCCUCUAAGGCAAAGCCGGCCUCCACGGCGCUGGCCAAUGGAGGGAACCCGCCCUCGCUUCAGGAUGCCGAGUGGUACUGGGGGGAUAUCUCCAGGGAAGAGGUGAACGAGAGGCUCCGGGACACGCCCGAUGGCACAUUCUUGGUCCGAGAUGCAUCCAGCAAGAUCCAAGGAGAGUACACACUCACCCUCAGGAAAGGCGGGAACAACAAGCUGAUCAAAGUCUUCCACCGGGAUGGCCACUACGGCUUUUCGGAGCCGCUCACCUUCUGCUCCGUGGUGGAGCUCAUCUGCCACUACCGCCACGAGUCGCUGGCCCAGUACAACGCCAAGCUGGACACGCGCCUGCUCUACCCUGUGUCCAAGUACCAGCAGGACCAGGUGGUGAAGGAGGACAGCGUGGAGGCUGUGGGCGCCCAGCUCAAGGUGUACCACCAGCAGUACCAGGACAAGAGCCGCGAGUACGACCAGCUGUACGAGGAGUACACACGGACAUCUCAGGAGCUUCAGAUGAAGCGCACGGCCAUAGAGGCCUUCAAUGAGACCAUCAAGAUCUUCGAGGAGCAGGGCCAGACGCAGGAGAAGUGCAGCAAGGAGUAUUUGGAGCGCUUCCGGCGGGAGGGCAACGAGAAGGAGAUGCAGAGGAUCUUGCUCAACUCUGAGCGGCUCAAGUCCCGCAUCGCGGAGAUCCAUGAGAGCCGCACGAAGCUGGAACAGGACCUGCGGGCGCAGGCCUCGGACAACCGCGAGAUCGACAAGCGCAUGAACAGCCUCAAGCCCGACCUCAUGCAGCUGCGCAAGAUCCGGGACCAGUAUCUCGUGUGGCUCACCCAGAAAGGUGCCCGGCAGAGGAAGAUCAACGAGUGGCUGGGAAUAAAGAACGAGACUGAGGACCAGUACUCCCUGAUGGAGGAUGAGGACGCCCUCCCCCACCACGAGGAGCGCACGUGGUACGUGGGCAAGAUCAACCGCACACAGGCAGAAGAGAUGCUGAGUGGCAGACGGGACGGGACCUUCCUCAUCCGGGAGAGCAGCCAGCGAGGCUGUUACGCAUGCUCCGUGGUGGUGGACGGCGACACCAAGCACUGUGUCAUCUACCGCACGGCCACAGGCUUCGGCUUCGCGGAGCCCUACAACCUGUACGCGUCGCUCAAGGAGCUGGUACUGCAUUACCAGCACGCCUCGCUCGUGCAGCACAACGACGCGCUCACCGUCACCCUGGCGCACCCUGUGCGUGCCCCUGGGCCCGGGCCGCCCGCCGCCCGCUGAGAGCCCCCCGCCUCGCCCAUGCCCCGGCCCCGACUGUGCCUGCAGUGUUUACAGACGCUGGGGUGGGGGCCUGCGUCCGGGCGCCCCGAGGAUUUUUAAGCCAUAGCUCUGGGGCCGGGGCAGGAAGGAACUCCGCUGGGUUGUUUCCAGGAACUCAGCCUGGACACUCGGGGGGCCGGGCGGGACCCGCCCCACGGACCCCAACUUCCCCUGUAAAGGCUGAAGUGAAACCGGCGGCCGGGGGUUACCCCGCAGCUGCCGAGUCCCCCACCCCACCCCGGAAGGCAGAAUAGAACUCCAGCCACCGCCUGGCCGCCCAGGCCCUGCGCUGUUCUCCCGACUGUGCAAUCUCCCCUCCUCUGGGACAAGGACCCUGGGUGUCACUGCCCUUGGACCCCACACCUGCCCGGUACUGACGGGCAGCGGGUUUUGUACGGUACGUUUAUUGCGAAUAUGAAACAUUGUACCUGU